AUGGCUCCCACUGUUGCCUUUGUUACCGGUGCUAACCGCGGACUGGGCUUCGGACUGGUGAAGAAUUUUGUGGCAAACCCGAACUACGUUGUCGUUGCUGCGGUCCGUGAUCCCGCACACCCAACCGUUAAGGAGCUAUCUGAGCUACCCUCGGGCGAAGGCAGCAGCAUUAUCGUCGUGAAGUAUGACGCCGGUGUUGAGCAGUCCGCCUUUGACGCUGUCAAAGAAGCCGCCGACAAGGGCGUUGAUCAUAUUGAUUACGUUGUUGCCAAUGCCGGUAUCGCUAAAGUGUAUCCCCUUGUCAAGGAUGUCAAACGCGCCGACGUCCUCGAGCAUAUUGAGGUGAACGUCUUUAGCGUUGUCUCUCUCUACCAAGCCACUCGCCCUCUACUUGAAAAGUCGAUCACCAAGCCUGUCUAUGCUAUCAUGGGAUCUGGAGCUGGAGCUUUAGGUCGCCAGCCUCCCGUUCCUAGUGCAGCAUACGGAGCUUCCAAGUCCAUUCUCCCGUGGUACGGUGUUCGAAUCAACGCCGAAGAUGAGUGGCUUAACACCUUUGUAUUGGACCCUGGCUGGGUACAGACCGAUAUGGGCAACGGGGCUGCGAAAGGGUGGGGUAUGGAGUCAGCACCUGACACUGUUGAAAAGUCUACAAGCGGCAUGGUUGAUGUGAUUACCAAUGGAACCAAGGAGCAGUACGGUGGCAAGGUCGUCCUCUACAACGGCGAAGUUCAAGAAUGGUAG